AUGCUGCUCACCACUGAGGCGAUGCUGCUCACCACUGAGGCGAUGCUGCUCACCACUGAGGCGAUGCUGCUCACCACUGAGGCGAUGCUGCUCACCACUGAGGCGAUGCUGCUCACCACUGAGGCGAUGCUGCUCACCACUGAGGCGAUGCUGCUCACCACUGAGGCGAUGCUGCUCACCACUGAGGCGAUGCUGCUCACCACUGAGGCGAUGCUGCUCACCACUGAGGCGAUGCUGCUCACCACUGAGGCGAUGCUGCUCACCACUGAGGCGAUGCUGCUCACCACUGAGGCGAUGCUGCUCACCACUGAGGCGAUGCUGCUCACCACUGAGGCGAUGCUGCUCACCACUGAGGCGAUGCUGCUCACCACUGAGGCGAUGCUGCUCACCACUGAGGCGAUGCUGCUCACCACUGAGGCGAUGCUGCUCACCACUGAGGCGAUGCUGCUCACCAAUCAUCCCGCCCUGGGGCUUCAUCCCUCUAGAGAGGAGGACAAUCUCCCCCCGGAGGAGGUCCUUGUUACUCCAUGCAUAGUGGAGGACAAUCUCCCCCCGGAGGAGGUCCUCUCAGCGUCCGACCUCAAGUCUGAAAGCCCCUCCGCGCAGUCGCUGUCGUUCAAAAUCAGUAACCGCACCCCGUACAAGACCGUGGUCAAAGUGCACAACGCGCUCAUCCUUCGAGCCGACAACCCGGCAGAGAAGCAGCAGUGGGUGCAGCGGCUACGCAGCCACACCAAGGCCUUCAAAGAAGCGCCCUCGCCCCCAGCAGAAGCAGCAGGCGGGGGGGAAGCAGGGGACGACUCCGGGGGCGCGGAUGGGGAGCGGAACGAGGGGGAGGGCGGGCCAGGGGGGCUCGGGGGGGGCGUUCCCCCCGCGCCUGGGCAGCAGGGGGGGCCUGGGGGGGGAAAUCAGCGGGUGGUGAGUCCGGAGGAGGAGCUCAAGGCGAUGGCGACUGAAGUGCGGCGAUACGUGCAUGCUGUGCUGGCUCACCUCGCUGAUAACAUCCCCAAGGCCAUCGUUCUGACACAAGUGGAGAAGGCCAAAGACGCCAUGCUCACAAAGCUGUACCAGAAAGUCAGUGAGCUAUAG